UAAGUAGUAUAAUUUGCAGUGUCUACGAGUUGUCUCUACAAAGUCCAUCUUUUACUUUGCUUUCCUCCCUCGCACUCUCUCAUCGCCGAUCGCACUCUCUCGAUCCACAGGGUAUGCUUCUUCAACAAAGUUCUUGUGCCUCGUCUCUAUAGCAACUGGUAGAUUUUGGGUUUGCUUGGAAGCUGUACGAUAUGGGUCGCUUAAAGAUGCAACCAGGGAUUAAGGCGAUCGAGGAAGAACCCGAGGAUUGUGAUUCUUCUUCCUAUUCUAAUAAAGCUACUUUAGCGUGCAUAAUAAAUGCAGAAGUGGGUGCGGUGUUGGCAGUCAUGAGGAGAAACGUAAGAUGGGGAGGUCGCUAUAUGUCUGGUGAUGAUCAGCUAGAGCAUUCUUUGAUUCAGUCCUUGAAGUCAUUGCGCAAGCAAAUCUUUUCGUGGCAGCAUCCGUGGCAUACCAUCAAUCCUGCUGUGUAUCUUCAGCCUUUUUUGGACGUGAUUCGCUCAGAUGAAACGGGUGCUCCAAUCACUGGCGUUGCUUUGUCAUCUGUGUACAAGAUUUUAACUCUUGAUGUGAUUGAUCAAAAUACUGUAAAUGUUGAAGAUGCUAUGCACUUGGUAGUUGAUGCUGUGACGAGUUGCAGAUUUGAGGUGACAGAUCCUGCAUCUGAAGAAGUUGUGCUGAUGAAGAUACUUCAGGUUCUUCUAUCUUGUAUGAAGAGUAAGGCAUCAGUUACACUGAGUAAUCAGCAUGUCUGUACCAUAGUAAAUACUUGUUUUCGUAUAGUUCAUCAAGCAGGAAGUAAAGGAGAGUUAUUGCAGAGAUUUGCUCGCCAGACAAUGCAUGAGCUGAUUAGGUGUAUUUUUUCACACCUUCUAAACGUUGACAACACAGAACAUGCACUGGUUAAUGGAGUUAGUACAGUCAAACAGGAGAUUGGUGGUCUAGAUAAUGAUUACACUUUUGUGAACAAACAAACAGAAAAUGGUAACAGAAGUUCCGAAAUGGAUGGUCAAACAUCUUCGACAAGCUAUGGUUCUGGUGUUUCUACAGUUCUGGUGCCAGCUGUUAUGGAAGAUAACAUUGGAGGCUGUAGUGUUAAGGAUACUCUUCCAUAUGAUUUGCACCUCAUGACUGAACCGUAUGGCGUCCCCUGCAUGGUGGAGAUCUUUCACUUUUUGUGCUCUUUGUUAAAUGUUGUUGAGCAUAUGGGUAUGGAUCCCAGAUCUAACACCAUGGCAUUUGAUGAAGAUGUACCCCUCUUUGCAUUGGGCUUAAUUAAUUCAGCUGUAGAAUUGGGCGGGCCUUCUAUUCCUCGUCACCCUAGGUUACUGAGUUUGAUUCAGGAUGAAUUAUUUCGUAAUCUAAUGCAGUUUGGCUUGUCAAUGAGUCCACUGAUUCUCUCAAUGGUUUGUAGUAUUGUUCUCAACCUGUAUCACCACUUACGAACCGAACUUAAAUUGCAGCUUGAGGCUUUUUUUUCUUGUGUGAUUCUGAGACUUGCUCAGAGCAGAUAUGGUGCUUCAUACCAGCAGCAAGAGGUUGCUAUGGAGGCACUUGUUGACUUCUGCAGGCAGAAAACAUUCAUGGUGGAGAUGUAUGCUAAUUUAGAUUGCGAUAUAACAUGCAGCAAUGUGUUUGAGGACCUAGCCAAUCUGUUGUCAAAGAGUGCAUUUCCAGUGAACUGCCCUUUGUCUGCAAUGCACAUUCUUGCUUUGGAUGGUCUGAUAGCUGUUAUUCAGGGGAUGGCUGAAAGAAUUGGCAAUGCAUCAGUUAGUUCAGAACAGGCUCCAGUGAACCUUGAGGAGUAUACACCCUUCUGGAUGGUGAAGUGUGACAAUUAUGCCGAUCCUUAUUACUGGGUUCCAUUUGUCCGCAGGAGAAAAUACAUUAAGAGGAGAUUGAUGAUUGGAGCCGAUCACUUCAACCGGGAUCCAAAGAAAGGCUUAGAAUUUCUUCAAGGAACACAUCUCCUACCUGACAAACUUGACCCCCAAAGUGUGGCCUGCUUUUUCAGGUACACAGCUGGGUUGGACAAGAACCUAGUCGGGGAUUUUUUGGGAAAUCAUGAUGAGUUUUGUGUCCAGGUUCUUCAUGAAUUUGCUGGGACUUUUGAUUUCCAAGGUAUGAAUCUUGAUACUGCUCUGCGGUUGUUCUUGGAAACUUUUAGGCUCCCUGGAGAAUCUCAAAAAAUACAAAGGGUUCUUGAAGCAUUCUCUGAGAGAUACUAUGAACAGUCGAUGCAGAUUCUAGCUAACAAGGAUGCUGCUCUUUUGUUAUCUUAUUCACUUAUAAUGCUCAAUACAGAUCAACAUAAUGUACAGGUGAAGAAAAAGAUGACUGAAGAAGACUUUAUACGGAAUAAUAGGCAUAUUAAUGGAGGAAAUGAUUUACCUCGAGAUUUUCUGUCAGAAUUAUACCACUCAAUCUGCAAGAAUGAGAUCCGCACUAUUCCAGAACAAGGAUCUAGUUUCCCUGAGAUGAAUCCGAGCCGUUGGAUAGAUCUGAUGCUCAAAUCCAAGAAAACUGCUCCUUUCAUUGUAUCCGACUCUGUAGCCUACCUUGAUCAUGAUAUGUUUGCGGUUAUGUCAGGUCCCACAAUUGCUGCUAUCUCAGUUGUGUUUGAUCAUGCAGAACAUGAAGAUGUUUAUCAGGCAUGUAUUGAUGGAUUCUUAGCUGUUGCAAAAAUUUCUGCAUGUCAUCAUCUUGAAGAUGUAUUGGAUGAUCUAGUUGUGUCUCUCUGUAAGUUCACUACCCUCCUGAAUGCGUCUUCUGCUGAGGAACCUGUGCUGGCUUUUGGUGACGACACAAAAGCCAGGAUGGCAACCGUCACUGUUUUCACCAUAGCAAACAGGUAUGGUGAUUUUAUUCGCACAGGUUGGAGAAAUAUCCUGGACUGUAUUUUACGGUUGCACAAACUUGGUCUUCUUCCAGCACGUGUUGCCAGUGAUGCUGCUGAUGAAUCAGAACUUUCCACUGAACUUGGUCAUGGGAAGCCUAUUCCAAAUUCUUUAUCUUCAGUUCAUAUGCAAUCUAUGGGAACUCCUAGGAGAUCUUCUGGAUUGAUGGGCCGGUUUAGUCAGCUCUUAUCUCUUGACACUGAGGAGCCAAGAUCACAACCUACUGAGCAACAACUUGCUGCUCAUCAACGCACUCUUCAGACUAUUCAAAAGUGCCAUGUUGACAGCAUUUUUACCGAGAGCAAGUUCCUGCAAGCUGAAUCUUUGUUGCAGCUUGCGCGAGCACUUAUCUGGGCAGCAGGGCGGCCUCAAAAAGGGAAUAGCUCCCCAGAGGAUGAGGAUACUGCAGUUUUUUGCUUGGAGUUGCUGAUUGCAAUUACUCUGAAUAACCGGGACAGGAUUGUGCUAUUGUGGCAAGGUGUGUAUGAGCACAUAGCUGGUAUUGUACAAUCAACUGUGAUGCCUUGUGCAUUAGUAGAAAAGGCUGUGUUUGGACUCCUCCGGAUAUGCCAGCGGUUACUCCCUUACAAAGAGAACCUGGCUGAUGAACUUUUGAGGUCAUUGCAACUUGUUUUGAAACUUGACGCUCGUGUUGCUGAUGCUUAUUGUGAACAAAUUACUCAGGAAGUUAGUCGUCUUGUAAAGGCAAAUGCUACGCAUAUCAGAUCUGGAAUGGGUUGGCGUACAAUUACAUCACUUCUUUCCAUAACAGCUCGGCACCCUGAAGCUUCUGAAGCUGGAUUUGAGGCACUUAUAUUCAUUAUGAGUGAUGGAACUCACUUGUUGCCAGCCAAUUAUGUUCUAUGUCUUGAUGCAGCGAGGCAGUUUGCAGAGUCUCGUGUGGCUCAGGCAGAAAGGUCUGUACGGGCACUAGAUUUAAUGGCGGGUUCUGUGGAUUGUUUGGCUCGGUGGUCUCAUGAGGCUAAAAAAGCAAUGGGGGAGGAAGAAGCUACAAAAUUAUUGCAGGACAUUGGGGAGAUGUGGCUGAGGCUUGUACAGGGAUUAAGAAAAGUUUGUUUGGAUCAGAGAGAGGAGAUCAGAAACCAUGCUGUUUUGUCCCUGCAGAAGUGCUUGACGACGGUGGUAGAUGAGAUCAACCUUCCUCAUGGUUUAUGGCUACAGUGUUUUGAUCUGGUAAUUUUUACAAUGCUAGACGACUUGCUUGAAAUUGCUCAGGGGCACUCCCAAAAAGAUUUUAGAAACAUGGAUGGCACGUUAAUCAUCGCUGUAAAGCUCCUGUCAAAAGUGUUUUUACAGUUACUCGAUGACCUUGCACAGUUGACAACAUUUUGUAAGUUGUGGUUGGGAGUUCUCAGCCGAAUGGAAAAGUAUUUGAAGGUUAAAGUGAGGGGGAAGAAGAGUGAGAAGCUUCAAGAAGUUGUGCCUGAACUUUUGAAGAACACAUUGCUCGCAAUGAAGACCAAGGGAGUGCUAUUACAGAGGAGUCCGUUGGGCGGGGAUAGCUUAUGGGAACUAACAUGGCUACAUGUGAAUAACAUUGCUCCGUCUUUACAAUCAGAGGUGUUCCCAGAUCAAGACUGGGAGCAGUCGCAGCCUGAAUCAGCUGCAAACUUGGAAACAGUUCCUCUUCCAUCAAAUGGAUCAGUGGCUUCUGAAGGAUCCGGCACUUGAGGGUAACAUUUGCUAAGUUUCAUCAUCCUGUAUUAGUUUCGGUAAUACAUGCAGCUUAGAGCAGAUCAUUGCAAGCAGCAAGAUGGCAUGUAUUUAUGUCCGAACACCCGAAUUGACCGAGUUAUGGUAGAGAUUUCGUAAGUGUUAGUAUGAGCAUAUGCCAGUGGACCCAAGUUGCAUAGAGGAAAGGAUUUAACAUAGAAAUGAUGUGUAGAGAUGUGAAAAGGUUGACCAAUUAUAUAUUAAUGACACCCUGGAUUUUUGUUCCCAAAAAUAUGGCUUUCCAUGCUCUGAUGUUUAUAUAGUUUGUCAGGAUAAAUGUGUAGCAGGUGUUUGUACAGUUUUUCAGAAUUGCUUUAUAUGUGGUCUAGGAAUUUGCUUCA